UCCACAGAUACUUUUAACCCUAAUCUCUAACCUUUCGUUUAUUCUUCCUUAACAUUUCUGGUUUAACUUCAGCUUCUUCAAUUCAUUGCUGUUUCAUAACAGUCCAAAAAUGAAGAACAGGGCCUCAACUUUCUUCAAGAAAGUGAUUUGCCUAUUGAGUUCUAUCGCUAAAGCAAAAUCCAUAUCUAUCAAGAACAAAACCAACGCGGCCAAGGCUCGCCUCGUUAUGUUUUCAUUAAUGAAGGGCAAGAAACUUCUUGUCGGUUCGAUCUCAAACAAGAUUCAUGGCCUCCUCGGCCACCAUGGUGAUCAUGAAGCUGAUCAGAGCAAAGCCAUUGUUCUCUACAAUGCCAUCGCUGCCAUGGAGCCAGCUCAGUCGAGCUCGAGCUACCCGCAUCAGCAGGAGUACUACAAUGACCAUGACGAGAAGUAUCCGGAUCCCACUCAUUCAUUAUUCAACAAAGAUGGUUUCGAGUCUGAUGAUGAUGACGAUGAUCAGGGCGGGUCGAUUAUCGAUCUGGUGAAAAAUUCUAAAGAAGGAGGAGGGAAUGAUUUCAGCUUGGAAGAAGAGAUUGAUCAUGUAGCGGAUUUGUUCAUAAAGAGGUUUCAUAAACAGAUGCGUUUACAGAAGCUUGAAUCUUUCAAGAGGUUCCAAGAAAUGCUUGCCAGAGGGGUUUGAAAAUGUGAAAGUAAACUAAAAGCACUUAAUUUUUAAGUAAAUAUAGUAAUAUUGUGACAAUUCAUGUAUUACAAGAUAAAUAAAGUGCAGAAAAGUUCAGCU